GACAAAUAGGCGGCGACGUAGUGCACACGUGCUCGGAAGUAAGCAAGGAAAACGUCAUGCCGUUCUCUAGUGAGCUGUUUAUUUGGAGAGAGGAGUAGGUCUACCCUACUCAACAUUGUAUGUCAGCAACAUGGCAUUCACCAGCCUUUUUUCAAGUCUUCCAAACAAAGAAUUUGACACGACGCCUUGUGAGUCGAGAGAGAGAUUUCAAAGGGAUGAAAGGCAACUGGAACCAGUUAAAAUGGAGAAGGAUAACGAAAAAGAUGCCCAGUCCAGAAAGAGGCCAUUGCAAAGGGGUCAGCAGAGUGGCCCCAGGAAGAGAAAAAAAGGGGACCAACAGGAGCAGUCUGGCCAGGCCAAGAAAAGUACGAUUCAUAAAGGCCCACCACAAUCUUAUAAAGAUUUUGACUCUGUGGCCCGAGACUACAACAUGGUGAAGUGUGAUUACGAGCAACCAAGCCUUGACUUCAGUAGAGAACUGGACUUCUACAGCCAUAACAAGGAAGGUGAACACCCAGGACACAAUACAGAGAAGUCGGGUAGGAAGAACAUGAGGCCCGGAGAAGCCAAGGAUCCUGAUCAGAACAAGGAUGUUCAAGGUAUAAACAGGAAGAAAGGACGGAAGCAAUGGGAGCCUCAGCAGCAGAGACUUGACAACCAGGCCAGAGGCAGAGGGGAAAACUCUGCCAGGAGGGGUGGGGAUUUUACCGGAAUGGGUGGACGCGGCACUAACCAGCCCAGAGACUUCUCCAACAGGGGUGGAGGUGGUUCCAACAGGGGUGGAGAGUGGAACAAUAGAGGCCCGGGCUGUGACAAGAGGGGCGAUUGGUCAAAGCGAGGCACUGACCAGUCACGUAGAGGUGGACGACAUUUCCCAGAUGGACGUUUAACACUAGAAACUUUGACUGGAAAGGGGAAAAAGAACAUGACAAAGGAAUUCAAAGACCAGAAUGCUUUGGAGAUUGACGGAAGGUUAAUCUGUCGACAUUUCCUCAGGGGAAAGUGCAUCAAGGGUGAUGACUGCCAGCUAGAACAUGCUCUGGACAUCAACUACUCUAUCAACGAAGUGUGUAAAUUCUACGUCCAGGGAUCCUGUUCGAAAGGACAGAGCUGCAUAUACAUGCACAAGAGUUUCCCCUGCAAGUUCUUCCAUACCCACGGGAAGUGCUACCAAGGAGACCAGUGCAGGUUUUCCCAUGAACCCCUGACUGAGCUCACCAAACAGCUACUGGAGGCGGCAUUGAAGAGGGACAAGGACAUUGAGGAACUGGCGAAAAAGAACGAGCCAAUCAGCAUGGAGGAGCCAGUGGCCACAAAGGAGUCAGCGACAGCUGAGACAAAGCCUGUCAUUGACAUAUUCCUGAAUCCACUAAGGCCAAACUUUUACAACAGCUCAUGCCCCUCUGAGCCACAUGCUGAGGAAAGUUCCCCGAUAUGUCAGAAUGUGUCAGCUGAGGUCGUGGAGAAGGACAUUGCCCGUCGUGCGAACGCCAUUCAGUCUCCUGAUCCUCCCCCAAGCUCUCCUGGCUUUAAGGAACCGGUUUCUUAUUCAGUUGAGGCUGUGCUUGGGUCCCAUAGGCCCCUGGAAAAACCCAUCCGCAGCUUCUUUGCAGCCUCUAUCAGCCAGACCUCACAGACCCAACCAGAUCCCCCUGCAACUACAUUGGUUCCUCCAGACUCUAUCUGCCCCCCUGAUCCACCCCUAAACUCUACAUGUGGCAAGAUAAAUGUACCUUAUUCAGUCGAAGCUGUGCUUGGAUUCCAGAAGCCUGUAGAAAAAGCCUUCUGCAACCAAUUUUCAGGAUCCAUCACCCAGACCUUCCCACACCCCACACAGAUCCAAUCAGAUCCCCCCAGCAAUACGUUAAUUUCUCCAGACCCCAUUCGGUCGUCUGAUCCUCGUAUGAAUAAGAGGCCGGCUCCUUAUUCAGUUGAGGCUGUCUCUAUGGCCCAGAAGCCGGUGAAAAAACCAUUGUGCAGUCUCUUUGCAGGGCCGAUCAGCCAGACCUCCACUAAACCUCCCAUACAGAAGUCUGCUAAUUUUCCCAUAAACAUGCCAGGCUGUAAGGGACCCGCUUCUUAUUCAGUUAAGGCUGUUCAUCAGUCCCACAAGCCUGUGGAAAACCCUGUCCGCAGCCUCGUUACAGACCCCAUCACCCAGUCCACUCGCCACCCUGAUAUACAGACCCAACUAGAUCCUCCUAGCACUACAUUAAAUCCUCCAGACUCCAUUCGGCUCCCUGAUCCUCCUUCAGUCUAUAAGAGGCCGGCUUAUUAUUCAGCUGUGCUUGGGUCUCCUAAAUCUUUGAAACCAUCAUUCAGCAGCCUCUUUGCAGGCCCCAUCAGCCAGACCUCCUCUCCUCAACCUCCCACACAGAUCCAACCAGAUUCCCCUAGCACUGCAUUGGGUCCUUCAGACUCUGCUCCUCCUGCGGGCUGUAAAAGGCCGGCUUCGUAUUCUGUUACGGCUGUGCUUGAGCCCUGUAAGCCCGUGGAAAACUCCUUCUGCAGACGUUUUGCAGGAACCAUCAGCCAGACCGCUCCUGACCCUCCCUCACACUCUCUGAACUCCCCAGGUUGUAAGGCACCAGCUUCUAAAAAGCCCAUGGGAAAACCCUUCCGUAGCCUCUUCGCAGGUCCCAUCAGCCAGACUUCCACUAACCACCCUCCCAGACCCAGACAGACCUGGCCAAAUCCCCCCAGCACUACAUUUGGUCCUCCAGACCCCAUUCGGUCUUCUGAGCCUCUUCCAGUCUGCAAGAGAUGGACAUCUUCAGUUGAGGCUGUCAGUGAGUCCCAGAAGUCCAUGGAAAAACCCUUCCGUAGCCUCUUUGCCGGCCCCCUCACACAGACCUCCACUUCCGGCCAUCCAACACCGAUCCAACCAGAUCCCCCCAGAAAUGUCACUGGCUGUAAUAGACCAGCUUCUCAUUCAGUUGAGGCUGUGCUUGAGACUCAGACGCAAUUGGGAAAACCCAUUCGCAGCCUCUUUGCAGGGCCCAUCAGCCAGACAACCCUCCCUGACCCUCCAACACAGACCCGGCCGUAUCCCUGCAUAGUCGAGCCUGAACAUGAGGUUCCAGACCCAACACCACUCACUGUGCCUCCAGAGCCUACCACAACCAAUUCUGUUCUGAGGACCCUCUUCCUACGCCUGAGCCCAUGCCGCCAGGAGGGGGAGCAGGUGAGCAGUAACGGCUGCAAAGAUCCAGGAGGCGAUGUCCUGUGUUCCAGUGAUGAGGACCAAAUCACCAGAGGAUCUACUUCUACAGGACAGCGGAGCCAGGAAGUGGAGGAGGAGGUUGAUGAGAUGGAGAGUGAGCCGGAGGAGUGCGAUCUGAGAGAUGAGCUGUUGGUAAAUCCAUUAGAACCGUUAGUACCUUACGUGACACUCGGUGACCCUCACCACCAUCACCAGGUGGACAUCACCCUGCCACGGUCCACAUUGGCCCAGGAUGUGGUUUGGUCCCUUGAAGACCUUGCCCCUCUUCCUCCCAUCUCCCUCUCGCUCAAUCACCAGCUGUCUGUCCCUCUGGCCUCCCCCUCUACUGAAAGAACAUCAGGUCCUGCUGUUGGACUCUCCAGCCCUGCAGGACUCAGGCCACAGUUUUCCCCACAGGACUCCAACUCCCAGGAGGCUGCAGGAGAGCAUCUCAUUCCCUCCAGGAAUUCAGGUAGGAGUCCGGUCCAGGUGGAUACCCCCGGCGUUCACAACCUACCAAUCCAAGCGAUGGUACGGAUGACUCCACCUCACACUGAUGUACAACCAAAGCGACUGUCUGGACAAAUGAGGAGCAAAAGUGGGGACUUACGUGACAAAAAAACACUGAAAGACCUUUUUAAGACUUUUGACCCCACAUCAUCUCCCUUCGGACAGUAACUGCAUUUGGACUAUGGCUCAUAUUGUCAAUGGACUACGCACCCAAAGACUUACACAAACACUUAGCCUUCAUAUGAAUGCUUUUGCUCUAGUGUAUUUUCCCGCUAACAGAUCAGAAAAGCAAUUAAUUGCAAAAUGAUUGUAUAAAAUGGAGGAAACCAUUGCGCGCUCACACACAAAACCCUCCUUAACUCCAUUUGAUAAACAGUGUUACUCAUAUUAAUAUCAUUACUUAGUAUCAGCUAAUGUUACUGAUGAAUAGUCAGCCUAGUCUGUCUCGUGUGAAUUGUUUUAGGGAUUUUCUUAGAUGAGGCAUACAGCUCGCAAAUGUUGAUGUUUCUUUACGUAAUAAAUUAUCAAUCAUGUACAUUAAGGUUAAAAAAACAAAUUACGUUUUAUUUCAUACAUUUUAUUCAAGCAGAAAGUAACCUUUUGGAACACUUAGUCAGUUAACUAGUAACAAUUAACCGUUGCCCUCUUCCUCCACUCCUGUCUUCUACAUUUCCUCUUAUUUGAGUGAACAAUUAGUUAUUACACUCAACUGAUUCUGAUUACCAUGUGGAAAAUGUAAUUAUUUAAACUAAUGCCGCACCAGUUCUGCUCUAUGUGCAUGUAGUGCUUCUCCCUCCUUAUAGUAAGGUACAGUGCUGUGAAAAAGUAUUUGCCAACCCUUUCUAAUUUACUCUACUGCUGCAUAUUUUUUAUACUGAAUGUUAGUGCCUUCGGAAAGUAUUCAGACCCCUUGACUUUUUCCACAUUUUGUUAGAUUACAGCCUUAUUCUAAAAUGGAUAAUUGUUUUUUCCUCCCCAAUCUGCACACUACCCCAUAAUGACAAAGCAAAAAUAGGAUUUUAGAAAAUGUUGCUAAAACGGAAAUAUGACAUUUACAUA